AUGCAGUACCGCUUUAUCCCUGCGAUUGUCGCCGCCACCGGCAUGUUUGCCAGUGCGGCACCCGUUCAAAAGGCUGCCACCUCGGACUUUACGGCCCAGGCUCCAGCCGCUACGCGUGCUGGCGCACCUCUUUUGGUGCAUUGGCAGCCCGACACAAGCGGCUCGAACGAGUGGAAGAAGAUGGACAUUUCUUUGGUGUCUGUCGGCAAGGAUGGCAAGCACCAAGCCAAGAAGCUGGCUUCUGGCGUGGAUGGCACCAACCCGGACAAUGCCUUUUUCACUGCCACUGCGCCUGAGCACAUUACGGACUCUAACGAGUACGAAAUUCUGUUCACGCACGGCAAGUCGAAGGAGACUUCCCCCAAGUUCGUGAUUGAAAAGAAGGACAGCCAGUACAACCCAGAGGCUCUUCACAAGCGUCACUCGUCCAGCAGUGCUAGCACCACUGCACCCUAUGUUGGCUCUGGACUCAUGGAGGUGCUUACGGAUGCUCAAAACUCUGGCGACGCAUCGAGCAACGGUGCUAGUGUAUCGCAGACUGGCGACAGCUCCGAUGCUCAGAUGGGCCAGAGCAACAUGGGUCUCAACGGUGACUCUGGACUUGACAACGGUUCCGGACUUGAUGGCAGCUCUGGACUUGACAACGGCUCCGGACUUGAUGGCAGCUCCGGACUUGACAACGGCUCCGGACUUGACGGCAGCACUGGCAACUCUUUUGCCGACCCGCUUGCCCAGAUCCUCGGUGGACAGCUUAACGUGCAGGACGAAGCGCCUAACACGCAGAGCCAGCAGGGCAGCGGUCACCCCCCUACCUUUGUGCUGAACAUUGGUGGACAGCGCAUCCUGCCCAACGGCGAGGAUGGCAGUAGUUCGAGCACGACAGACCCUGCAUCUGGCGACCUUGUUUCGCAGAUCCUCAACGGUGGCCUUGACUCUGGUAGCAACGUCGACUCUGACUCCGGCUUAGGUUCUUCCAGCGACGACACGGUGCCUAGUGGAACGGACGACCUGGAGAGCCUUGAAAACGAUCGUUCGCACCGCAGCCGCAGCUCUUCUAGCAAACACCAUGCUACGAAGAAGCACCACUCAAAGCACUCGAAGCACUCGAAGCACUCGAAGCAUUCGAAGCAUCACAAGUCUUCUUCUGCUGCGACCACCAUCUCGAGUGGCAGCACCCUGCCGACUGGCACUGAUGCUGCAGUGAUUUCCACCGACAGCACUACGGCUAGCGACAGCACUGCCACCGACAGCGCCGCGGCGCCGUCCGGCACUGUUGUGCCGCUGCGUAAGCGUCACAACACGCAGGAGUGGUACUAUGACAACUACGGCCGUCAGGCAAACGCCGACUCGUCCAGCGGAUCCUCGUCUUCGAGCAGCUCCGCACAGGGCCGCUCGUCUCGCCCACAUGGCCACCACGCAAGCAGCACGGUAGAUGCGUCCUCUGCCCCUUCAGUGGCACCCCUUGUUGGUGUGCAUAGCGCCAGUGCGAGCAACGGUAGCGGCUCGCAGAGCUCGUCGGCGUCUGGCUCGCAAAGCUCGUCGGCGUCUGACUCGCAGAGUUCGUCGGCGUCUGGCUCGCAGAGCUCGUCGGCGCCGAACAGCACUGCUUCGUCGUCUGCUUCAUCGAGUGACGCAUCGGCGGUUCCUAGCGCCUCGUCGACUAGCUCUUCGAGCGCACCUACGAGCGCGCCAUCGACGUCGAGCUCUACGCGCACUCGUCACCGCGAGAGCAGUAUUCCGGCGUCGGAGCUGUAUGAUGCACUCUCCAACGACCUCAGCCCUGCUUCUAACCAGAUGGCGCGCUCCCGUGCUAACGCGCGUGCGACGCCAACUUCGUCUGAUGGCCGCAGGCUGUCUGGAUUGAGCAACUCUAACGGUGACAGCAGCCUUGGCAAUGAUCUCCAGGAAAUUCUCGCGCAGGGCAUGCUUGGCAACACUGGCCUUUCGCAGGACCAGAUCGAGAACUAUUUGAACAACCGCAACCGUAACGGCCGUGACUUUGGCUUGAUGUCUAUGAACGGCCACCGUGGCUACCAGAGCGUCUCGGUAGACUACUGA